GGAGGGUUUGAGGGGAAGCUCUGGCGAUAUUGGGGGAGUCCGGCAAUCUCGUCGGCGUGGUAGAAGGGAACCAGGCUGAUGAAGCUCCUGUAAUCCACUUCGGGUCUCUCACGUUAUCUCUACCAUGGGGAGGCCAACAGUCUUUGAACCCUACAUCUCAACCAAGAUGCAAUCUGCCACCAGUUUUCAACGGAAGUGUUUGCCAGAUUCCGACUGCGACAAUGAAGGCUCCAUCACAGCUCCUGUUAAGUCCUUGCCUGAUGAGGCCUCGGUGUAUGGCAGUCAUAUGAAUUCAGAUCCUGGCCCCGGAAUUUAUGCUUUUAAAGGGAAAGCCGGAAAUGAAGAACCUCGUUCUGAUCCUUCUUUUGAAACUGAUAAUGCAUACACUACACUUAUCCUCCCAUGUCCAGUGAUGAUAAUCCCAAUCAAUCUGAGGACACCCCCCUAUUAUUACUAACCUUGUUGUUUCAAGUCCACCAAAUACACCAGAAGAGGAGCCCGAUGGCUUCACUCAGGUGAAAACAAGAAGAAAUAAAUAAAGAUGCCGGUUUAGGAGCCAGUAAUGGCACA